UUUUGGAACGAUUUUUAUAAGUUCGUUGAUACGUCAUCACCAACGUUGAGAAAUUGAAAACCCUACGUUGUUUAAAAUGUUUAUUGUUUUUUUACCGUCAAAGAAAUUUUAUAAUUUUGUUUUUUCGUUGUAGAAGUGAUGUAGAGUAGAUGUGUAUCUUUUGGUUAGCAGCGGCUUUUUGUUCCCCCUUCAUCGAUCUUUGGUGCCGCCCCCGCGCAGGUGGCGCAACAGCUCCGCUGACAUUACUGACAUUUAUUAGGUUAUGUAGUCAAAAUCAGUAUUUAUUUUCUCACAAUCGGCCCGUUCGCACAAUCUCUCCCAAAAUCGCCGUAGUCGCUUUUCUAAUCUCCGCAAUUCGCGAAAUGCGUCGCUUUAUCGCCGCGUCACCACGCUGCGGGCUCCACGAAACAAGCAAUGAGGGAAGUGCCAAUACAAACAAACACUGAAAGCAAUGACGAUGGAACAGAGUUCCGCCAAAUUCAAGCAAAAGAAGUCCCUGUCCAAGUACCUCCUCCCCAGCAAAAUUCCAAACAAAGUCGGUGUUGCAGUGAUUCGGAGUCAGAGCGCUCGAGAAAACAGAGCCGAGCACGGCGAUGAGAGCCACUGUAAGCGUGCGAUGACGAUCUCGAAACGACCUCUGAGUCUCAAUGUGUCCAAUAUGAGUCCCAAGAAAGAGAGCUCGAAUUUUUUAAGUGUGAGUUCGCCGCUGGAUCGGUGUGCGAGCGUCUCCGAGAACAACGUGGCGGAGGCCAGUCUGAGUCCCGACGAGAAUGUGCUGAUGGAGAAGAGUAUCUCGCACGAAAGCGUCAUGAAGGAAGCUCAGGUGUUAUAUCUCAUUCCGACCAUGCAAGCGCGGCAGAGGAAUUUUCUGCAGGGAAAAAUUGGGGCCAAUUCGUUGCUGGGUCCUAAGGAAUUGGACAGGGUUUUUCCAAAUAGAGAAGUCACUAUUUUCGUUGGGACGUGGAAUAUGAAUGGACACAUGCCCCCUAAAGAGUUAAAUGACUUUGUUCUUCCUAUAGGCAUUGAACACGUACCUGAUAUUUUAGUUUUUGGUACUCAGGAAUCUUGUUCUGAACGGUUUGAAUGGGAAGUGUGUUUGCAAGAGACUCUGGGGCCCUCCCACAUUUUGUAUCAUUCCAUAUCUUUAGGUACUUUACACUUGGCAGUUUUCGUAAGAAGAGACUUAAUUUGGUAUAUUUCGAUACCAGAAGACGCGAGUUUGUCAGUAAGGCCAGGGACCGCUUUUCGUACAAAAGGGGCUGUCGCAUGUUCUUUUUUACUUUUCGGGACCUCGUUUCUAUUCGUCACGGCUCACUUGACAGCGCAUCAGGAGAAGGUCAAGGAAAGAGUCUCAGAUGUGAAGAAAAUCGUUAAUUCUUUAGAUUUGCCAAAAGUGCUACCUUGCAAAAACAAAAGCAAAGAUGUCACUCAAAACUUCGACUACGUCUUCUGGUCGGGCGACCUCAACUUCAGACUCGCCACGCCCAGAAGCAAAGUCCUCGAAUGGCUGUCGAAAACCAGCUUCCCCCUCCCCGAGCACCUCCCACACGGUUACUUGCACCACGACCAACUUUGUUCGGUCCUCGCAGACGGCGCCGCAUUCAAAGGGUUCACAGAGGCCAAAAUCACGUUUCCGCCAACUUACAAAUACGACCCCGGCACCCAAAACUUCGAUUCCUCCUCUAAGCAAAGAACGCCCGCCUACACCGACAGGAUUUUGUACAAGCAGCGCGCUGGGCGGAGAUUCAGCGGACAAGCCGAGACUCCUCCCCUUCAGUGUCUCGUCUACGAUUCGGUCUCGUCCAUCACGACGUCGGACCACAAGCCGGUCUGGGGCGUGUUCAAGGCCCACGUCAGGCCGGGAUUGGACACGAUUCCGCUGCAAGCCGGGUUGUUCCACCGCGACGUGUACUUGGAGGGGCUGAAGCGGCGAGCGACUCUCAAUGACUCGAAAACCGGAACCGCAGUCUGUUCUAUACAGUAAAAACGACCAAAGUCUUAAUAUAAGUGUCACAAUGCCUUCUGCUAAGUGUACCUCUGAUUCUAGUCAGCAAUAAUAGCACAAUUUUAGUUGUUGUUAAGAGACGUCUCUAGUCAUUUUAGUGAUCUAUUUAUUUAUUUAUUGUUGAGUUUUUAAUGUUUAUUAUAGAGUAGGAGUUUUAUGUACCCUCAAGCUAACAUGUGACUUACAGGGUGACCAAAUUAGGAAUUCUGCGCCUUCUGAAAGUGAUACUCAUAUCAUGAACUAAAUUUCAAAGUAUUUUUUCAUUCCGUCUCGAAGACACAGCUCGGUGUCACGUGAUAGUGAUUCUUGUUAGAGCUGUUUAAUGUUGGUACUGAAUAAAUCCGCUCAUCAGCA